CUGUUCAGGGUCCCUUACAAACCUCCAUAUUGGACAUCGGCUUUUCUCUCACUUCAAUAUGGCAUUGAUAGUAACUUUAUCGAGGCUUCCUCUGCGAACAUCACCAUUCCACCAAAACUGCGGCUAAGACGAAUGCCUCUGGGAUCGUACAGUUUAAAUGGACUUGCAGUUUUCCUAGCAAUUUCUUCGUAUGCGUGGGGGCUUUGCGUUUUUAUACUGGUCAUCCAUACAGCAAGAGAGAUAGUCAGUGAAAAGAGCACGGUAAAGGAAUAUCUAUCUGUAAUGGGUCUUUCGGCUCCCGUGUUUUAUCUCUCGCAUGUGCUUUAUGCCACCGGGAAAUGUUUUAUCAUCUUCUUGAUAUGCGUUACUCCUAUUAUCUUUCAUCUAGAACCUUUAAGCGUCUCACUAUUUCUCGUCACUAUAACACUGUAUGGAGUAUCGGCGGUCGUUUUUGCUGCGCUUAUAUCCUCGCUGUUCAAGAGGCCGAACACUGUUCUCAAAGGUUUAUUCUGCUUAUUUCGGUGGUUCUUUUUUCCUUGUGAAGUCCGUUAUGACCAACGAACACCUCUAAAUAGCAGUUCAUUCCAUUCCAAUUAUUCGGCUUACCCAGAAUGA